ACGGCCUCAACUCCAUCAACAACCGACACGCUUUCAUUUUCUUAUAUCAGACACAAACCUUUUCAUUGAUUCAGCAUUCCCAUUUGGUCUCGGAAUGGUGUGAUCAAAAAACAAAAAUCGCACUGAACCUUGAGACUGGCAUGUUCCUGUCGACAACAGAAGACACAACAUUGUUCAGAUAAACUUGGAGACUGGGUGUGAAAGACACCAAGGCCAGCAACCAAUAUCACCCUGCUUCAGAGCCCAUCUCAGAUCAAACAGAGUCACACAGACAAAUCAAAAAAACAUCGAAACAAAUAUAGACGAAGAUGUCAGCACCAGGGGGAGUCGGCGCUGGCGCCAGCCAGCCACCAAGACCAGCAGCUGUGACCUCCGGAGCACCGACUGCACCGCCAGCACAACAGACCCCACAGAACUUGAAUCAGAUUGUCACGGACUACUUGCUCAAGCGAGGGUUUCAUCGAACUGAAGAAGUCUUUCGUAAGGAGUCUUCUAACCUCGGACCUGAUGGUAGACCCCAGCACAAGUCUACCGACGUUAUGGGCGCGAAGAAGUACGCGAAGGCAUUUGGCUUACUGAAGAAAUUUGUUGAGAGCAGCCUCGACUAUUACAAGUACGAGUUGAACAAAUUCUUAUGGCCUGUUUUCAUCCACUCAUAUCUGGAGCUCGUUGAGAGCAAGUACCCGGAUGACGCCAAAUCAUUCCUCGACACCUUCAAGGGCGCCUUCGAGCUCGCCCACGCGGACGAUCUCAAGCUACUCGCGACCAUCACGCUGCCUGCUCACGUUGACGAGAACAAUACCACGAAGCUUUUCAAGACCACCAAAUACCGCAUCCCCGUCACCGACAAAGCCUACGACUUGAUGAUCGCGCACUUGGAGAAGGAAUACGACAAUGGCGGCCAGACCAUCAUCCGACUGCUCUCUGCCUAUUGCGCCGUCAAGAUCGUGGACCGCGGUCUUGCGAAUCCCUUCAGCUUUACUGCCAUACAUGAGAAGCAGAAGAGCACACAGGUCAACCAGUCGGAGCUUCUUGAGGGCGUUCCCGGUGCUUUCGAAGGUGUCAGAACCGAUGCCGCUCCCAGUGGUCCGCUCAAGCUGGGUCCUUUUGCCAUGGACCCCGAACUGCAGGGUGAGGUCCGCUCUGAGCUGACCCUUGAGGAUCAGCUCCACCCUCCCGCCGACGGCAAGCCUAGCCUGGUGGAGGAGUUUGAGCACAAGAUCAAGCGUGAGGAGAGCGCUGACGGGCCUUCUCGUGGAGAGCUUCCCUUGCCUGCCCCUCGAGCUCGAGACGUGGUGAAUGAGGUAGAGAAGCUCAAGGAAUACCGAGACCGAUUUCGGAUGGAUGGCAGGACGGGCGGCGUUGGUCCUGGCGUGUCUGUGUGCAUGUACACUUUCCACAACACACUCGGACAGUAUAACUGCAUCGAGUUCUCCAAUGACCAGAGGAUGGUGGCAGUGGGCACUAUGGACUCUUACAUUCGCGUCUGGAGUAUGGAUGGUAGUCACCUGAAGAGCAUGUUGGACCGUGGCGAGGUGAAGAAGCCAACGAACAACCGCAUGCUUAUUGGUCAUUCUGCGCCUGUCAUGGGCAUCUCCUUCAGCGACGCGGUCAACUGGCCGGACUAUCGAGACGCCAACCCCAACAGCAAGGGUCCUCCACUGUUGCUGUCUUGCUCGGCUGACGGCGAGAUCCGCCUCUGGAACCUUGACACUUGGAUGUGCCUGUGCAAGUUCAAGGGCCACAAUGGUCCCGUAUGGCGGAUUCAAUGGGGCCCUCAUGGCCACUACUUUGCCAGCGGAGGCCGUGACAAGGUUCUCCGUAUCUACAGCCAGGACCAAGUGACGGCGGUUCGUGAGUGUGUUGGCCACGACGACAACAUUUGCGCCAUCACCUGGCACCCCAAUGGCACCUACGUCUUUUCAGCGUCUGACCAAACUGACAAGUCAAUCCGCAUGUGGUCUGUCGUCACUGGCGAGUGCGUCCGGGUCCUGACAGGUCAUACCGAUGAUAUUGGCGUGCUUGAGUGCGCAUCCAACGGCAAGAUCCUGGCGAGUGCGGACUGGAGCGGCAAUAUUCUCCUCUGGGAUAUCGAGAAAGGCACCCUGAUCAAAAAGAGCCGCGGCCAUGCCAAGACUGGUAUCCUUUCUCUGAGUUUCAGCGUCGAGUCCACCGUUCUUGUCUCUGGUAGUCUGGACGGCACCGUCCGGAUCUGGGAUGUUGAGCUGCCCGCCGACGGUACCAAGACCGCUGCCGCCACAGGCCCGGAUGCUAACAUCCAGCUGCAGAGCAACACGACCAUUAGUAAUGACACCAUCAUGAAGAAAGGCAAGGAGGCACAGAUCACUGCUGAUCAGAUCAGCGUCUUCCCCACCAAGAAGACACCUCUCAAGAAGGUCAAGUUCACACGCAUGAAUCUUGUCAUCGCUGCUGGCUGCUACGAGGGUGGACCUUGA